CGCAAACAAGGGGAAGAGUAAUGGAAAAAAUCUGUUCCAUCUUCAACUUGCAAGUUCUUUAUUAUUUCAUCCAAGUCUUUAUAAACACGCCUGAGUUGCAGUUUUCUCAUCCUAAUCAACCAUUUCUGGAGAAUGGCUAGAGCUGCAUUGUUUAUGUUUCUACUCCUCCCCAUGAUUUACUACGGAAGUAGUCGUUCGAUUAAACAAAAUCUCAAUCUUUUAUCCGAUGGCAUGAAUCGAACGACCCAUGAGUCUCAAGUCCUGGAACUUAUCGAGCUUGGAACAACAGUGACUUGUGAGCCAGUUUACAGCUUCUUACCUUGCUCAUCCACUGUCUGGGGUCAGCUCUUCAUGUUGGUAGUAUAUGAAUUGUUGCUGUCUUUGUCUCAGCAAAUCAUUCAAAGUGGAUCAAACCUCUUCUUUCAAAUGUUUGGAACUGGUAUAUUUGGUGCAAGUUUGUUCAACGUACUUGGCAUGUUUCCUCAAAUCAUAUUGGUUAUCGUGAUCGGAGUCUCAGGAGAUUCAAGCACAAUUCAAUCAAUGGCAGCAAUGGGAAUGGCCAUGCUUGCAGGAUCAGCUAUUAUGCAACUCACUGUGAGUUGGGGUUCUGUUGUUGCUUUUGGUAGCUAUGAUCUUUCAGAUAUCUCAACUUCAGAAACUUCAACUGCUGCUUCAGACACUACGACGGCUUCAGCAUCAUCAAAUUCAGAAAACAAAAAACCAUUCAGUUUAACAGGUUAUGGUGUAGAAACUGAUAAGGAGACGAGGUACACUUCAAUGAUCAUGCUUCUAUCAAUGAUCCCAGUUCUUAUUCUUCAGCUAGCAAAAGUUAUCAAUUCAUCAACCGGGACACGAAUUAUCGUCCUAAUUUCUCUCGUUAUAACGUUAAUUUUCCUCAUCUGCUACAUGACUUAUCAGGUGUUUCAGCCAUGGAUUCAAAACAGAAGACUAGAUUACCUGUUGAAUAAAUUUGUACAGAAGAAACUACUAAGGAGCCUUCUUGCCAGAAAUGGCCAACCUAAUGUUACCCUUAUAAAAGACUUGUUUCGCAAGAUUGACAAGAGUGGUGACGCGUAUAUAUCGAAUGAUGAACUGAGAGCACUGAUCCUGGGAAUACAGUUUGAAGAAGUGGGCUUGGAUGAGGAGGAUUUCGCAACAAAGGUGAUGGAAGAGUUUGAUAUCUCAGGAGAUGCUCAUAUUAAUGAGAAAGAGUUUGUUAAUGGUCUCUCAAAAUGGCUUACAAAGGGUAAUAACUCCAACAAGAAAGCGAAAUCUUCUAACACCGAGUCACAGUUACAGAAUACUAGUGAAGAGAAUAAGAGUCUGCUAGCUCAGAAAAAGGAAAGCAAGAGUACGGCUGAUAACAAAUCCUGGUGGAAUUACAUUAAAGCUGCUAUUCUAGUGAUUGCAGGAACCACAAUUACAAUAGUGAUUGGGACACCCCUCAUGCAAACGGUGCAAGAAUUCUCCACUUCUGCAAACAUUCCUUCAUUCGCGGUCUCAUAUGUAGUGAUACCUCUGGCUUUGGGCUACAAACAGAUGCUUUUAGUCAUUAAAUCUGCUGGAGAGAAAACAGAAAAGGCUGCCUCUUUAACAUUUUCUGAGCUUUAUGGUGGAGUAUUCAUGAAUAACAUAAUGGGUUUAGCCAUCUUCUUGCUGCUUGUUUACAUAAGAGAUUUGACCUGGGAUGUGUCGGCAGAAGUUCUGGUUAUUUUAGUAAUUUGCACUGCGAUGGGGUUAUUUGGGAGCUUCACCACCAAGAUUCCAUUUUGGACAUGCAUAAUAGUAUAUCUUCUGUACCCCAUAUCUCUGCUUCUGCUUUACAUUCUCACUGAAGUUCUUGGUUGGGCUUAAGCAAGCAAAUUAAGAUAUUAAUUAACAAAGAAUAAUUGGAGGCAAGCGAAUUCCAAAAUUUGAAAAAAAAUUAUGUACUGAACAGUUUA